UUUCGCGUGUUGUGCGAAAGGAGUUUCUGGAUAUUAAUUUCUGAAACAUAGAAUUAUCCUCAACUAUCAGCAUGCCACGUGAAAUCAAGGAGAUCAAAGAUUUUCUCUUGAAGGCCAGGCGGAAGGAUGCAAAAUCCGUCAAAAUAAAGAAAAAUUACAAGAAAGGUGACAAGAAAUCAAUAGACAAUGUCAAGUUCAAGAUUAGAUGCUCGAGGUUCCUUUAUACUUUAGUGGUCAAGAAUGAACAGAAAGCAGAGAAACUCAAGCAAUCUUUACCACCAGGUCUAGCAGUGAAAGAAAUCAAGUGAAAUCUCUGGCUGAACGCAAGAAUUUGUUCAUUCAUUUUAUAUCAUUCUUACACACUGUAAAUUGUUGACCUUUAUUAUGUGACCUUUUGUAAAAUAAAAAAAGAAAAAUAUAUGAGAAAAAAAAUGGA